AUGCCGCCCAAGGCCUCCACUAGCAGAAAGGCUUCGGCCAACGCCAAGCCUGCCAAGCGUGGUCCGGCCGCUCCUAUCAAGUACUAUCUUAUCCUUUUCAACUUUGUCUCAUUCUUCGGAUGGGUCGUCGUGCUCUCGACGUUGAUCAAGCACCUCGCCAUGGGCCCACAGACCUUUUCUCCCUCCGUCAAGUUCGCUUCCGAUUUGCUGGCUCGCUUCCGUCUCGCCAAGAUCGGCAUCGUCAAGUCAUACUCGCAUCUCUUCCCGGAGCCCAUUGCCCAGCUGCUCGAAAGAGCCUCCAACUCGCACACUUUUGUCGGCCCUGUCGUUGCGCUCGUCCAGUCGCUCGCCAUCCUCGAGGUUGUCCACGCCGCCAUCGGCUGGGUGAGGAGCCCUGUCACCACCACCGCCAUCCAGGUUGCCUCGCGUCUGUUCAUGGUGUGGGGCGUUACUGAGCGAUACUCACAGGCCUGGACUAGCCCCUUCUACGCUUCCAUGGUGCUUGCUUGGGCCAUCACAGAGUGCGUUCGAUACCCCUUCUACGCAAACCAGCUUCUCAACUCCGAGGGUCCUGGUCUACUAUGGGCUCGAUACACUCUCUUUUACGUUCUCUAUCCCAUCGGUGCCGCUUCCGAAGCUAUGUGCAUCCUUGCUACGCUGCCCAACGGCCUUCCUUUCAACAAGCCUGCCGCCUGGGAUCUGCGCGCUUAUGUCUUUGCCGGCCUCUUUGUCAUCUGGUGGCCUGGCCUUUACGUCAUGUACACGUACAUGAUCAAGCAACGCCGCAAGGUCAUCGGAAAGGGAUUCUGGGGCAACAAGCUCGUUGAUGAGCUUCGCGAGAAGAAGAAGCAGUGA